AUGUCUUCCCUUCACUCCCCUUCUCCGGCCAUCCUCCCCACCACCACCACGACCACCGCCCGCCGCCUCCUCCCCACCAAACCCUCCCACUUCCUCUCCCGACCACCACCACGCCUCCCCCACCACCGCCACCACAACCUCCACGUCUCAUGCAAAACCGACGACAACAACCACCACGACAAUCCCCCACCCGCCAACCCCAAUCGCCGCAACAUUCUCCUUCGCGGCCUCGGUGGUGGCAUGUCUGCCGCCGCCGCUGCCGCCGGCGGCCUCCACGCCCGCGCCGACCCUAUCCAAGCCCCCGAGUUCUCGGCUUGCGGCCUGGCCCACGACGUCCAAUCGGGCGACCUCCUCGACGUCAACUGCUGCCCUCCCAUUUCCGACACCAUUAUCGACUACACUCUCCCCCGUCACAAACCGCACCUCCUCCGCGUUCGCCCCCCAGCCCACAGGCUCACCAAAGACUACCUCGCCAAAUUCGAAGAGGCCGUUCGCCGCAUGAAAGCCCUCGACCGCUCUGACCCCUCCGACCCUCGCGGCUUCACCCAACAAGCCAACAUCCACUGCGCCUACUGCAACGGGGCCCACGACCAACCGGGCCAUCCGAACCUCGACAUCCAAGUCCACAACUCUUGGCUCUUCUUCCCCUUCCACCGAUGGUACCUCUAUUUCUACGAGCGCAUUCUCGGCGAGAUGAUCGACGACCCCACGUUCGCCCUCCCCUUCUGGAAUUGGGACAACCCUAAGGGAAUGCAGAUGCCCUUGGCGUUCGACAACCCAAAUUCCCCGCUAUACGACUCGAACCGUAACCAGUCAAACCGCCCGCCCGCCAUCAUUGACCUAGGGUUGACCGGAGUAUCCGACGACCUACAAAAAGUCGUCAACAACUUGACCGUCAUGUACGGCGAGAUGGUCCGGAGCGUGAACUCCACGCUCGACUUCAUGGGCCAGCCUUACCAUGCCGGCGACCAACCCCACGGUGGGGCCGGGAUGGGCUCGUCCGAGCGCGGGUCCCACGUGGCCGCCCACGUUUGGGUCGGCGACUUCGCGCGGAACAAAUACGGCGAGGACAUGGGCAACUUCUACUCGGCCGGACGGGACACGCUCUUCUAUUCCCACCACGCGAACGUCGACCGCAUGUGGGCCACGUGGAAAACCCUAAAAACCGACGUCCCCAAGGAGAUAACCGACCCGGACUACCUAAACGCGUCGUUCUUGUUCUACGACGAGAAGAAGCGGCUCGUUCGGGUGAAGGUGGCCGACUGCCUCGACCACCGGAAAAUGGGGUACGACUACGAGAAGGUCGACAUCCCGUGGCUCAACUACCGGCCGUCGAAGAAGGCUGCCCGGGCGAAGAUCCAGAAGAUCUCGCCCGGCGCGGAGAAGGCCGACGAGAUAUUCCCGCUCAAAUUGAAGAAGACGACGAGGGUGCUCGUGCACAAGUCGAGGAAAGGGAAGGCGGACGAGGUGCUCGUGCUCGAGGGGAUCGAGACGGACUCGACGAAGUUCGUGAAGUUCGAUGUGUUUGUGAACGACGAGGACGACGGGUCGGACGAGCUGGACAAGGCGGAGUACGCGGGGACGUUCGCGCAAGUGCCACACAAGAACCGGGCGGCGUCGGGCAAGUCGAACAUCACGUUGAGGCUGACCGAGCUUUACGAGGAUAUUGACGUGGACGAUGAUGACACGGUGGUGGUGACGUUGGUGCCCAGAUCCAACGGUGAGAGUGUGACCAUUGGUGGUAUCAAGAUUAUACCCUCGCCGCCUAGGUCGGGUUGA